ACGCGACGCGAUUGAUAACUGAAACAUCGAAUAGCACGCAAGCGAAUCCACACUAGCUAGCUAGGGUUCCAAAAUCCUCAAAACCUACAUUUCGAACGCUUCUUUUCUUUCUUUCUUUCUUCCAUUGAUGCUAAAAUGUACGGUUCACAAGAGUACGAUCCAAGCGAGAACGAUCACGGGAACGCCAUGGAUGAUCAGUACGGCGGCUACGGCAACGACGAGGAGGAGAUCACGCAGGAGGAUGCGUGGGCUGUGAUCAGCGCCUACUUCGAGGAGAAGGGGCUGGUGCGGCAGCAGCUUGACUCCUUCGACGAGUUCAUCCAGAACACGAUGCAGGAGAUCGUCGACGAGUCCGCCGACAUCGAGAUCCGCCCCGAGUCCCAGCACAAUCCCGGCCGCCACUCCGACGCCGUCGAGACAAUCUACCGGAUCAGCUUCGGGCAGAUAUAUCUGAGUAAACCGAUGAUGACGGAGUCGGAUGGAGAGACUUCAUCUCUUUUUCCCAAGGCUGCAAGGUUGAGGAACUUGACCUACUCUUCUCCGCUCUACGUAGAUGUCAUCAAGAGAGUUGUCAAGAAAGGCCAUGACUGUGAGGAGGUCACUGAAACCCAGGAGUUUGCAAAAGUUUUCAUCGGCAAGGUGCCAAUAAUGCUGCGGUCAAGCUACUGUAGCUUGUACCAGACCUCAGAGAAGGAUUUGACUGAACUGGGAGAGUGCCCAUAUGAUCAAGGAGGAUACUUCAUCAUCAAUGGCAGCGAAAAGGUUCUGAUUGCUCAGGAGAAGAUGAGCACCAACCAUGUCUAUGUCUUCAAGAAACGGCAGCCCAACAAGUAUGCCUAUGUUGCCGAGGUCCGGUCCAUGGCCGAGUCCCAGAACCGGCCGCCCAGCAGCAUGUUCGUCAGGAUGCUCGCUAGGACAAGUGCCAAAGGGGGAGCCUCAGGGCAAUAUAUCCGAGCCACUCUUCCAUACAUACGGACAGAAAUCCCAAUCAUAGUUGUCUUCCGAGCGUUAGGAUUUGUGGCAGAUAAGGAUAUACUAGAGCACAUAUGUUAUGAUUUUAAGGAUACUCAAAUGAUGGAGUUGCUUCGUCCAUCCUUAGAAGAGGCUUUUGUAAUUCAAAAUCAACAGGUUGCACUUGACUAUAUUGGAAAAAGGGGAUCCACAGUGGGAGUCACACGAGAAAAGAGGAUUAGGUAUGCCAAAGAAAUCCUCCAAAGAGAAAUGCUUCCACAUGUUGGCAUUGGGGAGUAUUUUGAAACUAAGAAAGCAUACUAUUUUGGCUACAUUAUCCAUCGGCUUUUACUCUGCGCACUUGGCCGUAGGCCAGAAGAUGACAGAGAUCACUAUGCAAAUAAGAGACUGGACCUUGCUGGCCCUCUUCUUGGAGGCUUGUUCCGAAUGUUGUUCAGAAAGUUAACCAGGGAUGUCAACUCCUAUGUUCAGAAGUGUGUUGACAGUGGCAAGGAUGUUAACUUGCAAUUUGCAAUCAAAGCGAAAACAAUAACAAGUGGCCUCAAAUAUUCUCUUGCUACUGGGAACUGGGGACAAGCAAAUGCAGCUGGCACUAGAGCAGGAGUAUCACAGGUUUUGAAUCGCUUAACAUAUUCAUCCACUCUCUCCCACUUGAGAAGGUUAAACUCGCCCAUUGGACGUGAAGGGAAGUUGGCAAAACCGCGACAACUGCACAACUCGCAUUGGGGAAUGAUGUGUCCUGCAGAAACACCUGAAGGACAAGCCUGUGGAUUGGUGAAGAACCUUGCCCUGAUGGUCUACAUAACUGUAGGUUCAGCGGCAAAUCCAAUUUUGGAGUUCUUGGAGGAAUGGAGUACAGAAAAUUUUGAGGAAAUAUCUCCUGCAGUAAUUCCUGACUCCACCAAAAUUUUUGUUAAUGGUGCCUGGGUUGGGAUUCAUCGUAACCCUGAACUCUUGGUGAAAACUCUCAGACAGUUAAGAAGACAGGUUGACGUUAACACUGAAGUUGGAGUCAUCAGAGAUAUUCAUCUGAAAGAACUUCGGCUUUAUACGGACUAUGGCCGCUGUAGCAGACCAUUGUUUAUUGUUGAAAAACAAAAGCUGUUGAUAAAGAAGAAAGAUAUCCUUAUUCUGCAGCAAAGGGAGUCCCCUGAGGAUGGUGGUUGGCAUGAUCUUGUUGCAAAAGGGUUUAUCGAGUAUGUUGAUACAGAGGAAGAAGAGACUACUAUGAUUUCUAUGACAAUAAAUGAUCUUGUAGCUUCACGGCUCAAUCCAGAUGAGGCCUACUCUGGAACAUAUACUCACUGCGAAAUUCAUCCAUCAUUAAUAUUGGGUGCUUGUGCUUCUAUCAUACCAUUUCCUGAUCAUAACCAGUCCCCACGUAAUACAUACCAAUCUGCAAUGGGGAAGCAAGCUAUGGGAAUAUACGUUACAAAUUACCAGCUACGGAUGGAUACGCUAGCCUAUGUUCUCUACUACCCUCAGAAACCUCUAGUUACUACCCGUGCCAUGGAGCAUUUGCACUUUAGGGAGCUACCAGCUGGAAUUAAUGCCAUAGUUGCAAUUACCUGUUAUUCGGGGUACAACCAAGAGGAUUCUGUAAUUAUGAACCAAUCCUCAAUUGAUCGCGGAUUCUUUAGGUCUCUCUUCUUCCGUUCAUACAGGGAUGAGGAGAAGAAGAUGGGUACCCUUGUAGCAGAGGACUUUGGGCGUCCGAAUAGGGAAAACACCAUGGGAAUGCGGCAUGGAUCUUAUGAUAAAUUGGAUGAUGAUGGCCUUGCCCCACCUGGGACAAGGGUCUCAGGUGAAGAUGUUAUUAUUGGAAAGACGACACCAAUUCCUCAGGAUGAUUCUCAGGGGCCAAGCUCAAGAUACACGCGUCGUGAUCAUAGCACUAGCUUACGCCAUAGUGAAACCGGAAUGGUGGACCAGGUUCUGUUGACGACAAAUGCUGAUGGAUUGAGGUUUGUCAAAGUGAGGAUGAGAUCCGUCCGGAUACCUCAGAUUGGUGACAAGUUCAGCAGCAGGCAUGGACAAAAGGGGACAAUUGGGAUGACCUAUACACAGGAAGAUAUGCCAUGGACAAUCGAAGGCGUCACUCCAGACAUCAUUGUGAACCCCCACGCUAUUCCUUCUCGUAUGACAAUCGGUCAGCUCAUUGAGUGCAUCAUGGGGAAGGUUGCUGCUCACAUGGGAAAGGAGGGAGAUGCAACUCCUUUCACUGAUGUCACUGUGGAUAAUAUCAGCAAAGCCCUUCACAAAUGCGGUUACCAAAUGCGUGGGUUUGAAACAAUGUACAAUGGUCAUACAGGGCGCCAGCUGACCGCGAUGAUCUUCCUAGGACCUACAUACUACCAGAGGCUGAAGCACAUGGUGGAUGACAAGAUCCAUUCGCGUGGCAGAGGCCCCGUCCAGAUUCUCACCCGGCAGCCUGCUGAAGGGCGAUCUCGUGAUGGAGGCCUGCGAUUUGGGGAAAUGGAACGCGACUGCAUCAUUGCUCACGGGGCUUCAAACUUCCUCAAGGAGAGGCUGUUUGACCAGAGUGACGCGUAUAGAGUUCACGUUUGUGUGAAGUGUGGUUUAAUUGCCCUUGCCAAUCUUAAAAAGAACUCGUUCGAGUGUAGAGGUUGCAAGAACAAAACCGAUGUCGUUCAGGCGCAUCUGCCUUACGCUUGUAAGCUACUUAUUCAGGAGCUCAUGGCCAUGGCUAUUGCCCCAAGGUUGCUGACAAAGGAAACGAACUUAUCCGAAGAAAAGAAGAGAGGAGCAUAGCCUAGGAUCAUCUAGUGCCAGAAAGUUUCAAAGAGAAAGGCCCAAGAUGGCCCUAGAUAUGGGUCCUGCCGUUUAGCCCACUAUGCCUUCAUGGGCCAACCCACGAGGGCCUUAGUGGGCCAGCUUUUCGUGCCUUUUGUGAGUUUCCUGUCAGGGCUAACAAAUAAUGUUUUUUAAUUUAAACUUCACAAAGCAAUCCAGGAAAUAAUGUUAUCUACUUGAAUAAUACCUCAAAAUCUUU